UGACUGCGCGCGCGGCGCUCAGAGGGCGCGUGUCUGUUCAGGCAGGGACAUGUCGCUGCUUUUGUCUGACAGAGGAACAACACCGGAGUGUCGGGAUCCGCUCCUCCGUCACUUCUGCCGCUGACCGCGGACACCGGGACCGGUACCUGCCGCCCGGGGAUGAGGCUCGCUCUGAGCCCCGUUCGCUGCUCGGGCUGCCGGUGAUCGGCGGGUUGUUAUCCGCAGCGGAACAAGUUCGUCCCGGAAGGUUCUCGUGAGGCUCUCCGGUGCGCUUCGAGCUUUCUUCCCGACAGAAGGGGGUCCAUCCCGGGAAUGUGUGGUCCGCGCGUUCCGCUCUGGAGUUGGUUCCCUCACACCUGACAGGUCCGGUCUGCCUCCCCUCUUCUGACCCAGCGGGGGGCCAGCUGAUCACCCCUCAGUCCUACGGGAAUAACGGGAAUUGAACCGCGGAGGAAGGAGCGGGAAAUGAAGCAUUUCUCUGGAUGGUGAAGGAGAACCGGACGGAUCGCGAUGCCCGGGAAGGAUUUACGUCCUCUGGAUGAACCCUACAGGAGGAGGAGACCGUAAAACCAAAGAAGCUGGUCUGGAAAAGUUUCAGAGGGAAGAACCUGAAGCAUAACUGGAUGAGCUCCUUGGAUUGUUCUGACAGCGGAGGAAGGGGCGCCGUCCUUUGACCUCCUUCACAAUUGAGUAAUUAGCAGUGGGUGUUGGAGGGAGGGGGGAGUGGAUUUCCUGUCAGUCUUUCUGUGUGGAUUUCUGACAACCAAGACACCCACAUCCAGCAGCCGGUCCUGCCAGAAGCCCUCCAACACACAUUGUUAAACUCAUUAUCACCACCCACUUCCAUCCACACAGCAGACACGGCUCCAUCACUUCCACUCAAUCCACACUAGCUGGUCUUCUUCCCAGCAGAAUGGAGGUGGUGUGGAAAGGUGGGGGGUUUUAGGAGUACCCCCCCCCCCCAUCUCCAAAUGGAUGUUAUUACCUGUAAGAAGCUUUGCAGCAGUUAAAAGCUUUUGGCUGUGAUUUUCUGUGACGCCACCUUUCCCGCGCUUCAUCUUCAGCCCUCACUACACCGCCAUCAUUUUCUCCAACGGGUCUCUGGGGACCCCCCGGCGCGCUCCGCGCCCCGCUGUCCCCUCCGCCCUGGGGGGGAGGGGGUCACUGGAUUGGAGCAUGAGCGGGUGUCAUUACCCCUCGCCGCCGGGACCGGAGCGGGAACGCAGAUACCAGCACAAGGUGUCCCUGGUGGUGCGCUACUUCAUGAUCCCCUGCAACAUCUGCCUGAUCCUGCUGGCCACGUCCACGCUGGGCUUCGCCGUGCUCCUCUUCCUCAAUAACUACAAACCCUCUGACUUCACACCGACUCCUGUCGAUGGCUGCAGGGGAAUGCUGUGCGGCUUCGGCGCCGUGUGUGAGCGUGACCCGGCCGACCCGGCGAAGGCCAACUGUGUCUGUAAGAGGGGGGAGUGUCCGUCCUUGGUGGCUCCCGUCUGCGGCUCUGAUUCCUCCACCUACACCAAUGAGUGCGAGCUGGAGAAAGCCCAGUGCCAAGCACAGCGGCGCAUUAAGGUGCUGCGGAAGGGGCCGUGCUCUCUGAAGGAUCCCUGUGCAGAGGUGACCUGCAGCUACGGCAGCACCUGCGUCCAGUCCUCUGACGGCUUAGCCGCCAAAUGCAUGUGCCCGCUGGGCUGCGACGGCAAAGCCAGGGAGACGGUCUGCGGCAGCGAUGGAAACGACUACCGCAACGAGUGCGAGCUGCAUCGGUACGCCUGCAAGAACCAGAAGAACGUCCGCGUGCAGUACCCGGGGUCCUGUGAUCCAUGCAAAGACACAGAGAACAGUCUGAACACCCUGUGUCGGGUGGAGGCCCUCACCCGAAAGCCCCUGGUCUACAGCCCGCCGGAGUCCUGCCCUCCAGGUGACGACCCGCUGUGCGCCAGCGAUGGCCACACCUACCCCAACGAAUGCCACAUGACAGCGACCAGCGUCCAGAAAGGCAUCAAGCUCCAGAAGAUCCACGCGGGACAGUGCCGGAGGCUCGAGGGAUGCCAGGAGGAGUGUCUGUUCAACGCCGUGUGCGUGGUGGAGCAGCUGAGCGCCCGCUGCUCGUGCGACCCCCUGGAGUGCGACGACACCUACAAGCCCGUGUGCGGCAGGAACGGUCACACGUACACCAACGACUGUCUGAGGCGCAAAGCAGAGUGUGAGAUGAAGACCCUGAUCCCCAUCCGGUCCCAGGGGCCCUGUGAUCUCGACACGCCGAGUCCGUGCUUGGAUAAGGUGUGCAACCACGGGGCGGUGUGCGUGGUCAAGAACAGCGAGCCCGUGUGUGAGUGCCCUGAGGCCUGCCAGCUGACCUCCGACCCCGUGUGCGGCUCUGAUGGACACAGCUACGGGAGCCCGUGCGAGAUGAGAGCCAUGAGUUGCGCCUUCCAGAAGACGAUCCAUAUUCAACACAAAGGCUUGUGUGAUGAAGCCUGUGCCAACUGCUCCUUCGGGGCGAUCUGCGACUUUCAGAGCAAACGCUGUGUGUGCUCGUCCGAGUGUGUGAAGUCCCACCAGCCCGUGUGCGGCAGUGAUGGAAACACCUACGACAACGAGUGUGAGCUGCACGUGAGAGAGUGCACGGAGCAGCUGGAGCUGCAGGUGGUCAGCCAGGGAGCGUGCAAAACAUGCGGAGCCACAGUUUGCGCCUGGGGGGCCCUGUGCGUCCAGAACAAGUGCGAGUGUCAGCAGUGCGUCGGCGAGGCCUUCGCCCCGCUGUGUGGGAGCGACGGCAAAACUUACGACAAUGAGUGCGAACUCCGGCGCUCCUCCUGCCUCCAGAACAGGAAAAUUGAUGUGGAGAAGGACGGCAGCUGUGAGGAAGACUGCGGCUCGGGGGGGUCGGGCUCCGGUGCAGAGAGCUGCGAGCAGGACCGCUGUCGGCGCUUUGGGGGCACGUGGGACGAGGACGCGGAGGAUGACCGCUGUGUCUGCGACUUCAGCUGCGACAGCGUUCCUCAUAACGUGGUUUGCGGCUCCGACGGGAAAAACUACAGCAACGAGUGCGAGCUGAAGAAGGCGGCAUGUGACAGGCGGGAGCUCGUCUCCAUUCAGAAUCACGGCCCGUGUGCAGCGCUUUCAGCUGUAACCCCGACGGCGCUGACAGCACCCCAGCACUGCAGUCUGUCAGCACACGGCUGCUGCUCCGACAACACCACCGCCGCCUUAGGAGCGGGACAGGCGGGAUGCCCCAGUACCUGUCAGUGCAACCUGUACGGCUCCUACAAGGGAACCUGUGACCCCGCCACGGGGCAGUGCUCCUGUAAGCCGGGCGUCGGGGGGCAGAAGUGCGACCGCUGUGAGCCGGGCUUCUGGAACUUCCGUGGGAUCGUGACGGAGAACAUGAGUGGAUGCACACCGUGCAGCUGUGACCCCAUGGGCUCGAUCCGGGACGACUGCGAGCAGAUGUCGGGGCUGUGCUCCUGUAAGACGGGGGUGAAGGGCAUGAAGUGCAACGUGUGUCCGGACGGGCGCCGCAUGGGCAUGAACGGCUGCGACCACGACCCUGAAGCCCCCAGCUCCUGUGAAAAGCUGCUGUGCAGUUUUGGAGCCACCUGCAUCGUCGUGAACGGUCGAGCCCACUGCGAGUGUCCGUCCCCCGACUGCGACAUCCAGAACAAAACCAAGGUGUGCGGCUCAGACGGCGUGACCUACGCUGACCAGUGCCAGCUGAAGACCAUCGCCUGCAGGCAGGACAAGGACAUCCCAGUCGCACACUAUGGCCAGUGCACAGCAACCCCGACCUUGUGUGGGCCAUCCCGCCUCCGAUGACGGCGACCACCGAGCGGGCUGCCACCGCCUUUUCCACCCACACCCGCAGCAGCGCCCGCCACCCCAUUCACACCCAGCCUCAGGCGCUGCAGCCCACCACGGCAGCAUCCAUCAUCACCUCCCACUCCCGCAGCAGUCCCGCCCCCGCCGCCGCCGCAGUGACCUCCUUCGAAGGCUCGGGCAGCGGGGAGCCGAGCGGAGACGACCUGGAGGAGGGCAGCGGCGCCACGACGGAGGCCAGCGGGGCGGACGAUUCUAUCGGUACGGCCGCCGCUGCGUCCACGCCCACCGCAGAGAACAGCUGCGACAACACCGAGUUCGGCUGCUGUCCCGACGACAUGACGCCGGCCAGCACCCCGGAGGGCAGCAACUGCCCCGCCACCAUGAAGUUCGGCGGCUUCCUGCACCUGGACCAGGUGGAAGGCCAGGAGAUCUUCUACACGCCGGAGAUGGACGACACCAAGUCUGAGCUGUUUGGAGAGAUGGCGCGCAGCAUAGAGAGCGCUCUCAACGAUUUGUUCAGGAAGUCGCAGGUGCGCAAAGACUUCAUGAGCGUUCGCGUCCGCAAGCUGGCUUCCAGCAACUCCAUCAAGGCCUUCGUGGAGGCCCACUUCAGACCAGACACUCAAUUCACGGUGGACAACAUCAUGGAGGCUCUGCUGAAGCAGCUGAAGGCAUCCAAAGACACCAGCAUCUCCGUCAAGAAGCCGGAGGAGAACAACAUCCGCUUCACCAGUUUUGGUCUGUCCUCCGUCCCCGUCUUCACCACCACCACCACCACCACCACCGCAGCUAUCACCAUUGUCCCCCCCACCACCACAACCAGACGCCCUCUCAAGAGUCGCGUCACGACACACAGGCCCGCCACCAGCAGACGCACCACAACAGCAGCGCCGACCACAACGCCGCUCCUCACCACCACUCUCCCAGCCGCCACCACCACGUCCCGCGCCAGAGGCGGGAAACUCGCCCCCAAGGCCCAGAAGGCCUGCGACUCCCACCCCUGCCUGCACGGGGGCACCUGCGAGGACGACGGCAGCAGCUUCAGCUGCAAGUGUCCCGCCGGGCGAGGGGGGCCCGUCUGUGAGAAAGUGAUGAAGUACUUCAUUCCAUCGUUCGGGGGCCAGUCCUACUUGGCGUUCCCGAUGCUGAAGGCGUACCACACGGUCCGCAUCACCAUGGGCUUCAGGGCGUCCGAGAUGAACGGCCUGCUGCUCUACAACGGCAAGCGGGAAAGCAAGGACUUCAUCUCUCUGGCUCUGAUCAACGGAAGGGUGGAGCUCAGGUUCAACACGGGCUCAGGCACCGGCACGCUGACCAGCAAGGUCCAGGUCAGCCAGGGUCACUGGCAUCAGGUGGAGGUCACGCGGAACCGCCGAGCUGGCGUCCUCAGCGUCGACAAGGAGCCUGACGUCCACGGCGAGAGCCCGCAGGGCACCGACGGCCUCAACCUGGACACGGAGCUUUUCAUCGGAGGCGUGACGGAGGAACUGAAGCAGGACGUGGCCGCGAGGACGGGGGUCAGCACAGGCCUGGUGGGCUGCAUCCGCAUGCUGGACGUCAACAACCGCAUGCUCAACCUGCAGGAAGACGGCGGCGACAGCCUCUUCGGGAGCGGAGUGGGCGAAUGCGGCAACAACCCGUGCCAGCCCAACCCCUGCAAGAACGGCGCUCUGUGCCAGGUCAAAGAGGCGGAGAUGUUCCAGUGCAAGUGCAGCAAAGGAUUCUGGGGAUCGCUGUGCGCGGACGUCCGGGACCCGUGUGCGCCCAGCAAGUGCCACGCCUCCUCCCAGUGCCAGGUUUUACCAGAGGGAGGGUACAAAUGCGUGUGUCCCAUGGGGCGGGAAGGCCGGCACUGCGAGAAAGUUGCAGAGAGGAGAGGGGCUUACAUGCCCAUGUUCAACGGAGACUCGUACCUGGAGCUGAAGGGGCUGCAUCUCCACGGGCAUGAUCUGCGUCAAAAAGUCAGCAUGAUGGUGGUUCUCAUGGCCAACGACUCCAAUGGUUUGAUUUUCUACAACGGGCAGAAGUCGGAUGGAAAAGGAGACUUCAUCUCUCUGGGGUUGUACAGCGGGAUCCUGGAGUUUCGCUACGACCUGGGAAAGGGACCGGCCAUCAUCAGGAGUAAGCUGCCCCUCCCGCUGAACGUGUGGACCACCAUCAGCCUGGAGCGCUCCCUCCGCAAAGGGGAGGUCCGGGUGAACGACCAACAGCCCGCCCGGGGAGAGUCACCCUCUACACACAGCGAUCUCAACCUGAAGGAGUCGCUCUUUGUGGGCGGAGCUUUUGAUUACAGCAAACUGGCGAGAGCGUCUGGACUCACAGAGGGCUUCAAGGGAACCAUCCAGAAGAUCAUGCUCAUGAGCGAUCCCAUCCUCAAAGAGGAGAACGCGCUGAGCUCCAGCAACGUGGCCAUGUUCCAGGGUCACCCGUGCUCCCAGGAGCCCUGCCAGAACGGCGGCCGCUGCAACCCCACGCUGGCGACCUACGAGUGCUCCUGCUUCCCCGGCUACGUCGGAGAGAACUGCAGCAUUGCCAUCCACGAGAAGUCCGCCGGAGAGACGGAGGCCGUCGCCUUUGAUGGACGGACGUUCAUCGAGUACCACAACGGCGUCACAAAGAGCGAGAAAGCUCUGCUGGUGAACAAGUUUGAGCUGAGCAUCCGGACGGAGGCCACCCACGGCCUGCUGCUGUGGAGCGGCAAAGGGGUGGAGCGCUCCGACUACAUCGCCCUGGCCAUCGUGGACGGACGUAUCCAGAUGACCUACGACCUGGGCUCCAGGCCCGUGGUGCUGCGCUCCUCCGUGCGCGUCAACUCCAACCGCUGGAUACGCAUCAAGGCCAGCAGAGCUCUUCGAGACGGCUUUCUACAGGUUGGCAACGAGGCAGCCGUGACAGGGUCCUCGCCGCUGGCCGCCACGCAGCUGGACACGGACGGAGCUCUCUGGUUAGGUGGUCUGGAGGAGCUGGCUGUGGCCCGCCGGCUGCCCAAGGCCUACAGCACCGGCUUUGUGGGUUGCAUCAAGGACGUGGUUGUAGACGGCGUGGAGCUCCACCUGGUGGAGGACGCCCUGAACAGCCCCAAGAUACUACACUGUUCCGCCGCCAAAUAAGCUGGCAGAGACAAAAUACUGCAAGAAAUGGAAAACGAAUAAACCCUCCCAUCCGCUCCCUACAUAGCGCCCAUGUCUCCUGCUGUAAUUAUUUUCUAUUUUUGUAUACUUUUCACCGCUUUUUAUAUGGAACAAUAAAUACAUUGAUUUUGUUUUAUAUGUUUUGCUAUUUUUUUUUUUCUUUUUCAACCUGCAUCUCGGUUUGCAGUCACUUUUAUGACCAUGUGACCUUUUCAAUGGAAAAGUCCACCCUGUCUUCAUUUGAUUUCCUCCUCUCAUUACUUGAACACGGUGGACCGGGCCGAACCGUCUCUGGUAAGCGCUGGUCCUGGUGCCAUUUCUAGCCGCCACAUUCCUCCAGCAUGGCCCGCUGAUGAAGACGCGCGUCCCCCGAGAGCCCGGACACGCCUGGUGUCCUUUCAUUCCACGGGCUGACCCCCCUCAGUAUCUAGUCCACUCUAUUUUCCUAAUGAGACUUCUGAGCUGCUAGCGAGAGCAAGUUACGAAACCCCACCCCCUCCGCCAUCCCACGGCUUCAGGAACAGAAGCAACUCCCAUCAGAGCCUCUAGUUUUGAAUCUGACUCACUAACACGGCGGCGUGAUGGAGAGAGCGACGCUUUUCACACUGACUCACGUGUCAUCCAUUAGUCAUCAAUCAAGAAAUGAAUCAUAGAUACAAAUAAAUGUUCUAAAUAUAGACUAUAUAAAUCUGAGACUGUGAAUAUGUGAGAUGGGUUUUCUUUGGAGAGUUGUGUGAUUCUCAUGUACUGUUGUGCGUUUUAUUCUGCAAUCAGCUGAUCAGCUCAUGUUGACCGUCAGAAAUGCAUGGACUUGUGCAGUUCUUAUCUGAGCUUUUGUUUCAGGAACAACAAAUACUGAUAUGAAAAAUGUCCCAUAUUCUUUCUUUCUCUCUAAUGUGAUUUCAUAAAGUACAGACUUAUCUUUUAAUGAUUCUUACUCCCUGCUCUUGUUUUCUGUUUUGGUCUGCUGUAUUUUUCUUUGGGAGCCGUUAGUUUUGCAGGAACUUGAGAGGAGCGUCAGGGAAGAGUUUUUACCGGGUCUGACCUAAGGGAGGCGCUGAAAGCAAAUGCUGAAGAGGAAGGGGAGAGCUUAUCAUGAGGGGAGCUGCUACACUCAAUCAGGUGUCAAAGCAUCGACAAAAAGGUUUCAAAAAAAUCCAGCUGGAGACUUUUUUUACAUUUUUUUCUUGGUUCCUGAAGGAACUUUAUUGUUCUCGGCUGCUGAACGAGAGGAGAAAGACAGACUGGUGUGUUCUUCUGACCCUUUGAAGCCAUAACAGCCGCAGAAAGACAAAAAAAAAAAAAACCCUGCAAUGAUACAUAAUCCUAUUGCAAACUAACAUAGCAGCGCAUGAGUUUUUAUUGCUGGUGCGAAUUCUGUAACUUUCAGUGGACUGUUGCAAUGUUGUCACCUCCGCCAAAUGCAAUAAGCCGAGAUGACCUAAAGAAUCUUGUUUUAAUAUGAUGGCAAUAUCUAAGACAAAAGUCAUGCCUGUUCGUGGUAUCAAACGGUCUUUAUGUUCCCAAACCAUCCAGCCUUUGUUUUGUACAGCCCUGCAAUUUGUACCUGUAAAUUUAGCCAAUGUGUGAUCCGUGGAGGUUUCUGUUUUUAGUACGAUACACUGGAACCCGGUCGGACUCGUCUGCUCGCAGAUUCAUGUGUUUGUGGGCGACGGAUGACCUGGAAGCUUUAGCUUUGCGAUCAAUAUUAACUCUGGAAAUCCACCAUCCUCUAGAUCUGACCUUCCUGGGGAGCGAUGGAUGCAAAAAGGAGUUCUGACCACGAUAACGAUGAAUUGCCUUACAAACUCUGGACUGAGCGAAUCCAUGUAACCCUUAUCCAGUGUAUUAACCUCACCCUGAUUAUGUAAAUGAGUAAUUAUAAUAACCAUGUUAUUAAUAACCCCAUGAAUAAGAAAUGAACUCAAAAGGUUUCUGAGGAUGUACCUUUUUUUUUUUUUUACAAAAACUUCUUCUAUUUACUGUUUGGAAUCUGUUUUCUGGUCUUUAUUUAUGUCUUCAUGCGGAUUACUCUCACUGUCUGACCUCUGUAAACUACUGUCUGGCUGUGCAAACCUCAUCAGAAGGCGCUGCACCGCUUAAGAGUGGCAUGACCUGAACAUUACUAACUUUUUGUCUUGUGUUCCUACCACCAUGAAAUAAAACGUCGACCAAACAAAA